AUGGCGAGAUUAAGGUGUAAGGCAGACUCCUUUACUGUGAGUAAUGAUGGAAUGCAGCUGCUCCUAGGAGUGAGGUGGAGUGUGAAGUUUGUGAUUGUGCCAUGUUGGCGUUUUAAAAGUAUUAAGAUCAUGAUCAAGCCUAAUAUCCAGAGAAGACAGGAAACUAUACAGUCCUGGAAGACAGCACCAGGGAAGGAGUUGAAGGAAAACGAUGUAUGUGAUUCUAAAUGCGGAGAAUGCAGGACGGUGGUGAGACCAGCAAUGCUGUACGGGGCAGAAGCGUGGCAUAUUAAAAAGGAUCAGAUGAUGAGACUUGUGGCAGAAAUGCGUAUGUUGAGGUGGAUGUGUGAAGUUACAAGAAUCGACAGGAUUAGUAAUGAUAGAAUCCGUGGAACAAUGAAAGUAUGA